UCACCCGAAACAUGCUGCUAGCCGUAUAUUUCAUUAUAUCAUCUAUCAGUUGAACUGGAACGUUACAACAAGCAAAAUGUUAUUACGAAAUUUCGCCCAAAUAAUAACGUUAAUUGUUAGUGUCGCAACGAAUCACCUACUCCCAGACUGUAUCCAUUUCGAGAAUGGAAGUGGAUUCAUUAAAUUGUCACCGACCCCAGUUGUUACCAGAGACAUGGUUAUCAGCAUGGAAGUGAUUGCAAACAAUUGCGAUGAAAUUUCGUUCACAAUUCAUAAUGGCAAAAGUUAUGUGUUGACCUUGAGGAAUGAAUUUAUGUUCGAUAGAGACGAUGGAAGCGUAGACCGAUUUGAAAUAUCUAAUACUUGUAAUGGGUUGUGGCAUGAAGUUAGGGUCGAGUUGACGGAACAGCAACCUCUUCUUUUCUUUGGCGAUCGUGCAUCGUAUCACGAUGUUCGUGGCUAUGACUUGAAUGAACUUGUCAACGCAUUUCACAUGAACCCUGUUUACGUUGGAAUCCACAGGCACAAUAAUAGUUGGGGCGCCAGAAAUAUUGGGAAACCAUUCAACGGUUUCAUCCGAAAUAUCAAAUUCAAUCGUUUCGGACAGCCUCCACCUGAUGACGGCAGAUUAAACGGAACACUUCAAGCGAUGCAUUGCCCGAAAGAGUUGAUCUUCUCAAAAAACCAGGGAGCGGCACUGCUGAGUGAAAACGUUACCUUCAACGACAAUUUUCGAAUAUUUUUUGAAAUGAAAAUAGCGCAAUGUCCUGAUUGCUGUUCCAAAUCUGCCAUUCUACUGUCGGCCAUAUCCGAUGAUUCGUAUUUCAUUCUAGAAAUUGUCGAAAAUAAUUUGUAUCUGAAGGUGAGAUCACAGAACGGAGAUCGUGUUGUGAAGCUGACUUCAAUUUUCGACUCGACGUUGUGUGACGGAAAAUGGCAUCAAAUUGCCGUGCUUCAACAAGGCCGCGAUAUUAGGAUUAUUGCUGACAACACGUCGAACAGUAACAAUUAUGCGUUAAUGUUGAAUUUCACCGCUCCGUUGUACAUAGGUCACCAUCCGGUUUUCAAGCUAUUGUCAGAAGUUGAAAUUCGCAACGGUUUUGAGGGAUGCUUUAGAUCGCUGCAUAUAAAUGGAGUUGUAGCAAAAAUAAUGGAAUCUAAUCUGAAUGAAUACGCUAAGAUUGAAGAUUGAAAUCAAAAACAAUGACGUAAAUGUAUAGAGAUGGGCACGGCAGAGUAAAAUAAGUUUACUCUGUCGUGAAAUGGGGGUUUUAUGCUAUCGACUCGUGUACAACCAUAGAAUUAAUAAAAAUUUAAUUUUAUUGCGAAA